AUGGCCAGUUCACGACAUUUGCGCCUCGUCGCCGGCGUCGCCUGUGUCCUCCUCGUUUUCUUCCUCGUCCGCCCCUUCGAUUCCCCCGAGAUCCUCCCCACAGCGUCGCGACCACACGGCAGCCCUCCGCUGGCCGAGCCAGUCCUGUUACAACCGUCACCAAGCAGCCGGCGCAAGGUCACCUUCAAGCCGAGCAGCUUCGACUGGACAAAGGUCGAGCAACACUUCCCCGUCGAGCUCAAGCACAAGCUACCCACCGGCGCUCCCAAGCCGCAGAAGCCCGUCCAGCACGACUUCUCCCACUACGUCCACGACCCCGUUACACGAAACCGACAAAAGGCCGUUCGCGCCGUCUUCGAGCGCAGCUGGAACAGCUACAAGGAGCACGCAUGGCUUCGCGACGAGCUCGCCCCUGUGAGCGGCGUGGGCAAGACCACGUUUGGCGGCUGGGGAGCUACGCUCGUCGAUGCGCUCGACACGCUAUGGAUCAUGGAGCUGUGGGAGGACUUCUACCUCGCCGCCAACGCUGCUGCCCAGCUGGACUGGCAAAACACCACCGAAACCGCCGCCAACAUGUUUGAGACCACCAUCCGCCACCUCGGCGGCCUUCUCAGCGCCUACGAUCUGAGCGGCGAGCAGGCCCUGCUGGACAAGGCGACGGAGCUGGGAAACAUGCUUUACAUGGGCUUCGACACCCCGAACCGCAUGCCCGGCUUCUGGCUCAACUUUGAGGAUGCGAAGCGCGGCGUGCAAGUGGCCGGCACAAACGAUCCCUCGGCCUCUCCCUGCUCCUUGUCGCUCGAGUUCACCCGCCUCACCCAGCUGACGGGCGAUCAACGAUACUUUGACGCCAUCACCCGCAUCACCGACUUUCUCGAGCGCACCCAAAACGAGUCCAAGAUACCCGGCAUGUGGCCCAAGCUGAUCAACUUCCGCGAAGAGCGCGUUGAUGGCGAAAGCGGCUUCACUCUCGGCGCGCUCGCCGACUCUCUAUAUGAGUAUCUGCCCAAGAUGCAUGCCCUCCUGGGCGGACUUUCGCCACAAUACGAGAAAAUGCACCGGGCCGCCAUGGAUGUCGUUACAAAAUACAUGCUCUUCCGGCCCAUGCUACCUGCCGAGGAAGCCUCGAAACACGACAUCUUGUUUGUGGGCGAUGCCUUUGCCAAACCCGACCGGAUCGACAGGGUAGCCGAGGGCCAGCACCUAACCUGCUUCACCGGCGGCAUGUUUGGCCUCGGCGGUAAACUGUUCGACAUCAACGAGCACGUUGAGAUUGGUGAGCGCCUGGCCCGCGGUUGUGGAUGGGCAUAUGAUGCCUUCCCUACUGGCGUCAUGCCCGAGAUCUUCAACAUGGUACCCUGCGGUGGCUCCUGGGAUGCUCCCUGCCCGUGGAACGAGGAGAGGUGGAAGGCGGAAGGCAGCAAGAAUCUCAAAAAGGGAUUUGCCAGCGCGCGAGACACCCGGUAUAUCUUGCGGCCCGAGGCCAUUGAGAGUAUCUUCCUCUUGUACCGCAUGACGGGCAAGGAAGAUCUGAGAGACCUGGCAUGGCAGAUGUUUGAAAGCAUUGUGAAUGCCACAGAGACCGAGCUGGCUUACUCGGCUAUUUCUGAUGUCACGGUCAAGGGUCCGACGACGAAGACCGACUCGAUGGAGAGCUUCUGGCUGGCCGAGACUCUCAAGUACUUUUACUUGAUUUUCUCACCCCCCAGCAUUAUCAACCUAGACGAAUACGUGUUCAACACUGAAGCACAUCCGUUCCUCCGACCCAAGCCAUAG